GUGACGGGCGCGAGAGGAGGCUGAGCUGGAGUAAAAGCGGGAGAGUGUUUAUGAUGGAGAGCAGAGCGGCUGGACUCAGCCCACAGCACGUUGUCCCAGGCUGGACACACUCCUCCUGUCCUGCGCUCUCGUCCACUUUGCGCUACGGUCUUCUCCUCUUCUUCUUCUUCUGAGUCCAGAUAUGCCAAGUUGAUGGGAAGUUGGAAUGACUCGUUGAGCUGACUCUGUUAGUUGCUGUCUCAGCCUGGAGGAUGGAGGUGGAGUUGGAGAGUUGUUGGCAGCGUGUGCUCAGGCUGCUGCUCCUGCUCUGCUUCGUGGCUCUGCGCUGCUCGGCCAUCGAGACCGUGAACGUGGUGGACUUCUGUGGCCAGACAAUCCGGGGUGAUGGCAUGAUCGUCAACUCACAUCAGGAAUCUAAGAAGUAUUACUUUGUUACAAUGGGGACUGACUGCCACCUCACCAUGCAGGCCAGCACCCCUAAAGACAAGGUUCAGUUUCACUUCCGCUUCUUCCUGGUUUACAGUUUACUACGAGUGGCCCCUCUGAGUCCAGCCCCUGUCCUCCCAGAGUCUCCUCGUGGCUCUGCCCCUCUCAACCCCAGACUGGAGCCCACCUCUGGUGAAAGCUCAGGGGAUCCGUGUCAUGCUGGCUCAUACGUUCAGUUCUACGAUGGACGAGACAGGAGCUCUCCUACCCUUGGACCUCCUCUGUGUGGGAAGAGCCCUCCUCGGCCAGUGCUGUCCACAGGAAACUACCUGACCCUGAGGCUGGUGACCAGGGGGACUCAGCCCAGAGUCGACUUUGUGGGGGACUUCACCUCCUUCAGACUGGGUUUUAACCAAUCAGAGUGCAGCAGUGAGCCUUAUUUCACCUGCAGGAAUGGGAAGUGUAUUCCUCUCAGUUUGGUGUGUGAUGAUAAAGGCAUUGACAACUGUGGGGAUGGAAGUGACUUGGAGGAAAACCUGACGACAGGUUGUAAAGCAGGUCAGCUUUUACCUCCUGAACCUCCACCGGCAAUAGCAACCCCACGGCCACCUUUUGUGAAUCCACCCACAGUGCCAAUUGGCUCACAUAUGAACUGUGGCAUGCCAGACAGUGCUCCCAGUCAUGAGUCAGGAACAGACUCCCCAGUCUCCCUAUCCCUAUUGGUUCUCUACAUCCUCCUGGGUGUGGUGGUGGGCAGUGUGGUGCUCUGCUGGUGCUGCUGGUCACCUGGCUGGUUCCUGUGGCGCGUCAGCAUCUGUCGCUUCUUACCCUGCUGCAACUCGGCAUGUGCCUCCUGCCAGCUCUGUGGCCACAGCUGCACGCACAGAAAGGAGCGACUGGCAAAAGUCACCCCACACACACCUGUCAAUGGGACCUCAACAGGCACGGUGGCCGCCACCAACAGUGCUGAUGAAAAUAUGCCCAUGUCGGCUGUUUAGAGCAGAGAGUCUGUUCAGUCUGGGCAUAUACGCUAGAGAUGUGGGUACAACGUCUUUAUGCUGAGCUGUGAUCAAAGGUGAACAUUUACUGCAUUAGGCAGGGAAAUAGCACCAAGAAUCUUAUUAGUGAAGGUUAGACUGAUGUGGUCCAGUAUAGGAGGCUGACAUGAGCACAGCUGGACAGCUUUGGUUAAACCGGGGUUUGCAUGCUUUAACAGUGAUAAUGCAGGUGAGAGUGGUGUGUUUAUAUUAUAAGAAGGUAAAGCAGGGUACAGUAUGACUAUGGCCUGUAGAAAAGUAAGAAUGUAUCUGAAAAAGAAAGGUUUUUAGAUCGCAAUAUUGUUAGGAUCAUAUUGUUAGUGUUAGGAUCUCUUGAAAAACAUUUUGUGUUCACAGCACAUUUCACCUGUUUUGAAGUUAUCUCGUACAUGUUAUGAUGGCAGUACAUUCUGUUUAAGAAGCUGUCAGUUUUCAGAAGACACAGUAAAAAGUAAGUGUGAGUCGUUUUUGGUUAUAUAUAUGUUUAUUUCUUGUGAACAUGCUUUACUUAGAAGUAACAGUUUAGCCAUGCAGUGAAAGUAUCACGUGCAGUACACAGUGUUGACCAAAACUUUUCCAUGGACACGCUCUGAGGACAAAGCCCCAGUACUACAAUGUCACCACCCGGUGACAACAGCUGUUCUCCCUUGGAGAAAUUUCUUCAGAUUUUCCACUCUCCUCCCAGCAGUCUGCUGCUGUCCCACAUAUAAACCAAUGUGAAGUUCUGACAGUGGAACACAAAGUCAUUCAGUGUCUUGUCUGCUUGGAGGUAAUUAAAAAAGUAUGAACUUCAAAUGUGCUAUUGUGUGCACAAAAUAAACUUUGACAAAUUGCAACAAAAAACUGUGCUAAUUUAUCAACCUAAAGUCCAGACAAAACUGCAUUUUAAGAAUAUCUAGCUUCCAUAUUGUGACUUAUAUCUGAGCGAAAGGGAAUAGGUGGGGCAUCCUAUAUGGAAGAAUUUGAUUUGAAAAGUAAACCUGUAGUGACAGUGUAUGCUCACGGGGCAGCAUUAUCAGGGAGAGAGAGAAGAGUUCUAUUGUAUGCUCCACGCAGUUGCUGAAGCAGUCCACACUGAAAUGUCCUGCACAUAAUCUUGUGCUGUCACAGACACCACCUUUCUCAGAGGGAAUAUAUUACAGCUAGCAGGCCAGUGCUUUGGUUUAUGACCACACACCUGCAAAUGAUAUGCAAAAGACAUAAUGACACUCACAUCACCCUCAACUGUACAUUUUGUGCUAAUUAUCAAAUAGUAGCAUGUCAAUGUGUUAAACAUAAAAUGAAGAAUAUGAUAAUAUUUAUUUAGAGUGAAAGGCUAAAAAAGUAUAACAGAGACAAGAAAGUAUAGAAACAGAUACCACUAUUUCAAUGUCAACUUUCAAUGGUUUACUUGUUGGCAA